AUCUGCUCCGCCCACGUCAUGCAUGAAUUGCUUGACUUGAUCCCGGGUGGUUGUUCUUUUUGAUAGUAUAGUAUGCAGUCGGCGUGGACCAGCGCGGUUACCAUCAUCAUUCACAACCACCACGCAGACACUCGCUUGAUGUGAAGGAGGAACGGGUGCAUACUUGCGAGCCCAACCACCAAAGACUGACUCAGACAAACGCCAGACGCAGUCGUUGAAACUGGAGAUGUUCGAGCUUCAGCCGUUGCUGCUUUCUCGAGGUCAAGCGCAGGAAUGGACGUCAAACGGAGGUGCGCGGGGCUUGGCCAUCAGCAUCGUCUUCACCAUCUUGGCAACAAUUUUCGUUUGCGCUCGGCUAUACACUCGAGUCAGUAUCAUGAAACGCAUGGAGGCCAAUGACUGCAUGAUCUUGUUCGCGUUGGCCAACUCUUUUAUCUUCAUGGGCUUCUUCAUCGUCGAAGCAAUAAGCGGAAUGGGCAUGCAUGAAGCGGAAAUCCCACCACAUAUCCUGACGAGGCAAAUGAAGGCUUUCUGGAUCACAAUCCCUUUCUACAACGCCGCGUUGGUCUCUGCGAAAGCCUCGAUCCUCAUGCAGUAUUUCCGGGUGUUCCCAACCAAGCGAAUGCGCGUUAUCUGCUGGAUCAUGCUCACCUUCGUCGCCCUCUUUGGACUAUGGGCAGUCCUCAGUGCGUUCCUCAAUUGCAUUCCUGUCGCCAAGUUCUGGAAUCCCACCAUCCCGGGCUAUUGUCUGGACAAGGAGGCCUUGUGGUUCUCUAACGCCGGCUUGCAUAUCACAACCGACCUCAUCAUACUGGCCAUACCUAUCCCGGCGUUGCUUUCCCUCGACCUCCCGCGGAGACAAAAGAUGGCCCUAUUUGGCAUCUUUGCCUUGGGUGGAUUUGUUUGCAUCACAAGUGUUAUCCGACUGCUUGCCUUGAAGAAGAUUUCCGGCUCCACAGAUCCCACCUACGACAAUGUCGGUGCCGCGAUAUGGUCUGCCAUUGAAUGCAACACGGGCAUCAUCUGUGCCUGUCUCCCCACCCUGCGGCCUCUCAUCUCGCAUUUCCUGCCUCACAUCCUGUCCACCUUCAGUAAUGGCUCGCGCAGCGAGGGCACCGUCCCGCUCUCUCAAGAGCGGGCGCCGACGUACUGGAACGGCAUGGCUACCAUCUCGUCGACGAUCGGCGCACCGUGCGACGAGGUCGAAUACGACGACGAUGAAGCAGACGUUGCAGGUGGGAUUCCCCUCGGCCCAACAGGCGGCUCCAAGAUGGCAUCCUUCAAGGAGUCCCUAAGGGGAUCCCGGAGACGAGGAAGAGAGUCAAAGGCUACUGCUUCUUCUUCGUCUGCUUCUUCAUCAUUACCCCCUUCGCCGUCCAAGCAGGACUGCGACCAGGUGUGAGAAGAAAUCCACCUCAAUUCCUUAUUAAUUUUCUGAUGACCACUUAUUAACUCCCAUUCGUCAUAUGUAUUUUCUUCGUGGAGAACCUUUCUAUUCAUGUGAUAUAAAAACAGAACAGCUUGGUCCACCGGGCUGAAACUUUA